AAACGAUUUUUUAAAAUGACCCACCAUCACCACAAAAGUUGUUUCCCUUAUCCGGUGUCAAUGUAAUUUUUUCCACACCGGCUGGCAGCAGUCAACAUCAUAUUUUCCUCUCCUAAAACAAUGUUUGGGGCCGUCAACGCGGAGGGGCCUGAUGAAAAUGCACAGCAUCCUGUAGCUGCAGUACCAGCUCGGGUGCAGAAAGUGGUUUUAGAGGGACUUAGUAAGACAAAAGACGACCUUGCGGUGAAACAUAUCAAGCCGCUACUGGAAUCUAAUGGAUUUUAUGAGAUGGUGAGAGAUGCUGUGGCAGUCAGAGAAAAACUUAACCAGCUUGGCAUCUUUGAUCGAAUCAUACUUAGCAUUGACACUUACAAAGGAGAAAAUGCCCGUCCCGACGGUUAUGAGGUCCGCUUUACAACACGGGAGAGGAAGAACCUGAAAGGCGGGGUGUCCACACAGAUCGGCCAGAAUGACAUGAAUGUUGUUUUUGAUGUUUACUCCCCAAAUGUGUUUGGACGUGCAGAAAAGAUAAAGUUCUCUUACGUUUAUGGAACAGAACAUUCAAGAGGUUUUGGUGUUCAGUUCAUGAAGCCAGUUAGCGGUGAUCCUGAUGUUAUGAUGGGAGCACGAGUGUUCCAGGAGCAGGGAGAAUAUCCGUGGAGCGGCUACCGUGAAAAUGACCGUGGCCUUAGUCUCGACCUCUCAUUUGCAUCUUUGCUGGGCAUGCACAACGUGCGAUGGGAUGGCGUCUGGCGUGACCUCCGGUGCCUUUCAAACACAUCAGCCUUUGCUGUACGGGAACAGGCUGGACACUCCCUCAAGUCAAGCAUCAUUCACACAUUUGAGCGAGAUAACCGCGAUGACACAGUCCUUCCAACUCGAGGCACCCUGCUGAAGAUCAUACAGGAAUAUGCAGGGCUUGCAGGAAACAACAAAUUCUUUAAACAUGAUGUUGAAAUACAAGGAAACGCUGCACUCCCUUUAAGCACUGUGUUACAGCUGACGGUGGCAGGUGGGGUCGUUCGCUCCCUGGAGGAGAAUGGGAAGAUACUGAUAAAUGACAGAUUCUUUCUGGGUGGACCACUCACAUUACGAGGAUUUAACAAAAAUGGCGUUGGACCACACAGUGAUGGUAAUGCCCUUGGAGGUGAUGUCUACUGUAUGAGUGGCCUUCACCUUUACACACCCCUGCCCUUUAGACCUGGCAAGGGAGGAUUCGGGAAUAUCUUCCGUUCACACUUCUUUGUAAAUACUGGCACAUGUGGAAAUGUACAGAAUCUCUCCAUAGAUCAACUGAACAGAGGUAACCUGGACUCAUUUAAAAAUACCCUACGAAUGUCUUAUGGUUUUGGUAUUGUGUUGAGGCUGGGUGGGAUUGCACGAGUAGAACUCAACUAUGUGAUACCAGCCUGGCAACAGAAAGGAGACAGUGCCAAUAAGGGUGUACAGCUGGGAAUAGGAAUCCGAUUCCUGUGAUAAAAUCACUAGACGUGUUUUAGCCAAUGACUCCUUAAAUCAUGAACAGAUUUCAAAUUCACUCACUUCACUGUUUAAGUGUUAAGAUGGUGCUUUUAUGACGCAAUAAAACUAUGAAUAGACUUUUAAUUAAAUUUUGAGAGUUAAUCAUGAUUAUGCAUGUGAUGUACUGAGAUCUUUGAACUUUGUUUAAAAUGGACUUUUGAAACUACACUUCAUAAAGAAGAAAUAGUCAGGAAAAAACAUCUUUAAACAUUUUAUGAAUUAUUUGCAUGUAUUCUGCAUGGUUGUCAUGAGAUGUUGUUGAAGAUUUCAAUACAAAUAGAAUACAGGAUUAAGGAAACAGAAUUGUUGAAAGUCCUUAAUGGUUGUUGUAUGUAUAAUUAAUUGUAUAAAUGAUGCAGAGAAAUAAAUUCAUUAAAAUA